UCUUUUUUUCAUUUCAACAUUCUCUUUUUUUUUUUUUUACUUUCCUCUCUCUCUUUAUAUCAUUCAUAUCAUGGCAUAUCAAGCUGCUUCAAGUUUACUUUGUUUAUCAAACACAAUCAUCAUGCCGCAGGACACUAUUAGCAGUAAAUCAUCACUUGAUAAAUCAAAUAUUCCACGCCCCUAUAAAUGUCCAAUGUGUCCAAAGUCAUUUUACCGCUUAGAGCAUCAAACUCGUCAUAUUAGAACUCAUACAGGUGAAAAACCUCAUCAGUGUACAUUUGCUGGUUGUGAGAAGAAGUUCUCUCGUUCUGAUGAAUUAACUCGUCAUGUUCGUAUCCACACCUCAAGCAAAAAGAAGGAGCGUAAACAGUCUAAGCGUGCGAGAACAACCACACCUGUUCUAUCUAUGCCGCCAUCACCUGCUUUAUCUGCCUCGAGCUCACAAUUUAAUGAAACUCCUCAUUAUUCUGACACAGAUUACAUUUUCACCCCACAAACAUCUCCUCAAUUGUCUGUCCGUACUUUGAAACUCACUCCGCUUGAAUGUAAAUUACUUGAUCCCGUCACUUUUUCAAGACCUGCAACUGCAGCACCUAGUUUACUAGAUCUGCUAGAUUGUCCUCCUCAAGCCCGUAUAUUGCCUCCCAUUAUUAUGAAUCAUUCAUCCAUUCAUGUCUAAACAAAACAAACAAACAUUAUACACACCCAUACAUUCCUAGUUUAUUAGCAUCAUAGACAUUAUACCAGCAUUCAUAAAUAAACCAUUUCCACCCCUUGUUACAUAGUAA